ACUAAUGAUUUUGAUUUUUAUAGGUUAUAGUACAGAUUCCAGUUUUUAAUGGGCCUGCUGUCCCUUCUAAGAAGGUUCCAGAAGGAAACGGAUCGAGAGGUCAGGAUAUUAUUGCUGGGACUGGAUAAUGCAGGAAAAACUACCAUCCUAAAGGCCCUCGCUGAUGAAGACAUCACCCACAUCAUGCCCACCCAGGGAUUUAAUAUCAAAUCUGUUGCUACAACCGGUUUCAAGUUGAAUGUGUGGGAUAUCGGAGGACAGAAGAAGAUCCGACCCUACUGGAAGAAUUACUUUGAAAAUACGGAUGUGCUGAUAUACGUUAUAGACAGUUCAGACAAGAAGAGAUUCGACGAGACAGGAGAGGAGUUACUGGAACUGUUGGAGGAAGAGAAACUCAGCAAAGUACCUGUCCUGAUAUACGCUAACAAACAGGAUCUCUUCAAAUCAGCUAAACCUAGCGAGAUUGCGAAUGAUUUGCAACUAUCCUCGGCUAUAAGAGACAGGCAAUGGCAGAUCCAGGCUUGCUCCGCUCUCACCAAGGAAGGAAUCAAGGAUGGAAUGGAGUGGGUGUACAACAGUCUUGGAACACCCAAGAAGAAGUAACCAAACUUACGGAGCAAAUUGAGACGACAAGAAGAUGAUCAAUAAUUUCAAGUAGUAUUUGCGGGACAAAUCUAUUCGUGAAUUUACUCCAUACCUGUCCGCAUGUUGAACUGAGAAAAAAAUGGGAAAACGUACUUGCUAGAUUGUUGUUACCGCUGUACCUACUUUGUACUUCCAUUAUUGUUCACGCGAGACAGUUACAGAUUAUUCUAACUAUGGACACAGUCAAACAUGAAGAUAUCAUUCGUAAAAUUGUAUGUCAUUUUUAUACGCUUGUUUAUCGAAUAAACUUCCAUAUUAAGCUAUUUUGCCACCGAGCUGUAAAACUAAACACCAAUUUGUAAGAUAGUAUCUGAGAGAUCCUGUAUUGAUUAUGACAUGGUAACGUUUCGCGCUGCCUUGCUAAUUAUCAUUGUAAUCUAGUAUUACUAUUUACAUGUUUGAAUUUGUUGUAA